GUGCGUGGCUGCCCCUGGGAGUAACCGUCAGCGGGCUUCGCACCUUGGCCGUCGUUGGUGUCGUUUUGUGGAGUCGCUGUUUGAUUUCUUACCUCCUAAAAGGCAGUGCCUUGUGCGUUUUGAGCCAUUUCUACUGAAUUGCGCCAAAGUACUCAAAAUGUCAUCUGUCAAGGACCAGCUUAUCGAAAAUCUAGUUGCAGAAGAUAAAGGCUCCCAGUGUAAGAUCACCGUAGUUGGAGUUGGUGCCGUAGGCAUGGCUUGUGCUAUUACUGUCUUACUGAAGGACUUGACGGAUGAACUUGCCCUUGUUGAUGUUGCGGAGGACAAACUGAAGGGGGAGACCAUGGAUCUUCAGCACGGCAGUCUUUUCUUUAGUACUUCAAAGAUUGUCUCUGGAAAAGAUUACAAGAUAACUGCAAAUUCCAAGUUAGUUAUUGUCACCGCAGGUGCAAGGCAGCAGGAGGGGGAAAGCCGCCUUGCUCUGGUCCAGCGCAAUGUGAACAUCAUGAAAUCAAUCAUUCCUCCCAUCGUCCAGCACAGUCCCGACUGCAAGAUGCUCAUCGUUUCAAAUCCGGUGGAUAUUUUGACAUAUGUGGUCUGGAAGAUAAGUGGCUUACCUGCAACUCGUGUAAUUGGAAGUGGUUGUAAUCUAGACUCUGCCCGUUUCCGUUACCUAAUUGGAGAGAAGUUGGGUGUCCAUUCUGCAAGCUGCCAUGGCUGGAUUAUUGGAGAACAUGGUGAUUCUAGUGUGCCUUUAUGGAGUGGGGUGAAUGUUGCUGGUGUUCCUCUAAAGUCUCUGAACCCUGACUUAGGAACUGACUCAGACAAAGAACAGUGGAAAACUGUCCAUAAACAAGUUGUUGAAAGCGCCUAUGAGGUCAUCAAGCUGAAGGGCUAUACUUCCUGGGCGAUUGGACUGUCUGUGACAAAUCUGGCUGGAUCAAUUUUGAAAAAUCUUAGGAGAGUGCAUCCAGUGUCCACUCUGGUUAAGGGCUUAUACGGAAUAAAGGAAGAAAUCUUUCUCAGUGUCCCUUGUAUCUUGGGGCGGAAUGGUGUCUCAGAUAUCGUUAAAGUCAGUUUGAAUUCUGAGGAGGAGGCCCUUUUCAAGAGGAGUGCAGAUACACUUUGGAAUGUCCAAAAGGAUCUGAAAUUUUAAACCUCUGAAUGGUGCGCUGUUUCAUAGAAGAUAGAAGAUUAUAUUUUACAUUUUGUGUUUUCAUCUGAUCUUUAAAAAACAUUUAAAAAUUCGAGACUUACAACACAACUUUGGUCUCUCAAAAAGAGAAGGAGGAAAUAGUAGAAAUUUCUCCUCUUACGAAUCCCCAGUGGGUCCAUUCUAAUGGCACCCGAUCUACACAGUGUAAGUUACAUUUUGGAAGUGUGUCAUACAUGUAAGAGUUGCCUUCGAGUGUAGUAGAACAUGUGUAACAACCGACUAUACUAUACAACUUAAGAGUCUCACAAAAGCCAAGAAGUACUUCUGUUUUGAAGCUUCAUCUGUGCUUCUUCCAUUAUCACAUCCAGCACAUUCUCUUCACGUUGCUUCAUUAGCUUCACGUGUCUGUGUAUAAUCUUUACUAAAUAUUUAUUUUAAGAUCAUAUGUAUUAGAAAGAGAUGUAACUUUAAGAUACAAAAAUAAAUGAGAUGAUACAUUCAACUCUG